UCAUUAGGCCUACAGUACCGAGAUAGUGUAUUAAAUUAUUAUUAAUAAUAUAAUAGGCAUAAGCCUAUUAAGAUUAUUAAUAUAAUAUGGCAAAUAUGCUCUUAUCGGUUUUAAGAAAGGCAUUCAAAUGGUCUGUUAUAAUUUUAAUAUUUAUUUGUUCUAUAAAUUAUUGGCUAAAUAAUAAAAGUUACGUUUUUGAUGAGAAAAGUAUUGCCGCAAUUUCCCGCAAACAUGUUGAUAAUGCUUUGAACAAGAACAUUUCUUAUGCCUACUCAAAAGUUUUGGCUGAUCUCAGGGCAAAGUAUGCAGGGCACAUCCUUCCUGAUGACGGUUUGCAGUGGGUGUUUAUGAAUGCUGGUGGGUGGAUGGGAAGUAUGUGUCUACUUCACGCAUCACUGACAGAAUAUGUUCUGUUCUUUGGCACAGCUGUUGACACAAGUGGACACUCAGGUCGCUACUGGGCUAAUAUAUCGGAUACAAUUCUGACUGGAAACUUCUAUCAAUGGCAAGAAGGGGCCUUGAAUAGAGUGGUCUAUAAACCAGGUGACACUGUAUUUCAUGGUGUGGGUGAAGCCACUGCUGUGUCCUGGACCUCUGGGACGUGGAUGGUGGAGUACGGCAGAGGUUUUAUUCCAUCGACUUUGUUUUUUGCACUGGCGGACUCCAUCACCAGCACCACCGACUUCAUCACUGUGUUCUACAUCUUCAGGGUUUACAUGAAGGCUAUGUGGCAGGAGGUGCUCUUCUAUGCUGGAGACUUCUCCAGUAUUGUUAAACAAAAUUUAUGAUGAAUGUUGUUCUAGGAUAAUUUACAUCUUACUGACAUUAGUUUAAAUUCAUUGUUCCUAAGGAUAAAUUUUACAUCCUAUGUAUUUUUACUAUCCCAAAGUGUUAGGCUACAAUUAUUAAUAUGAUUUAUUCUUUUGCUAUCCCAAAAGAUAAAUUUGUGUACAGAAGUUUUUUUUUAAACAUUUCAUCCUUUUUUAUCAAUAUUGAUUCAAUGAUUUUCUAAAUUUGAUGACAAAAAUGUAAGGUAUCAAUAUUUUUAAAUAUUUCAAAAUCUUUGCCCAGUGAUAAACAAAUAUCUUAUAAUUUAAGAAUCAGAAUUAUUUUAUAUAAUUUUAGUGACAAAAUAAAAACUCAAAAGCAUGAGACAACAUUUAUUUUUACUUCUGAAAUGAUUUUAGUUUUUAAAAAUAAUGUUAUAGUUCACUGUAAUCAAAAGAUUGUAAAGUUAGCAGGUGUCUGUUUCAACAGUUAUGUACAAAAAGUAUUUUUUAUAGAUGUGUUUCAAUUUCUCACUGGCUAGUUAAAAAUUUCACCCUUCAUUGUUGAAAGUUAUUGUCGGUCUUAUUGAGCAAUUCAUCUGUCUCUGGUCAGCUUCAUUGUGUGUCAGGUGUCUGUUUAAAUAUUUAUCUUUGUUUUUUACCUUUGUUCAGAAAAUAUGUACUUGUAAAAUUAUGUUGAUUGUUAUGAUUUACUCCAUAUUCUACAUUCCAAGUUUUUUAUUAUAUUUCUUAGUAGUAUUAUCCCUCUUAAUGUAAUUUUUGUAAGAGCUAUAGAUUUUGGAUUUUUAUAAUUAUCAUAAUAUAUGUUUCAAAUAGAGCAGUUUAAAACCUAUUUUCCUUUGUAAGAUUUCUAUAUGUAAUCAAAUGUUAUAAUUUGUUUUAAAAUUCAUGUGUAGCAAUUUUAAUAUUGUGUGUGUGUGUGUGAAAUACAGGUAAUGAUUAGGUUUUAAAAGUGAAAAGUAGUAGUCUGUGAGAUGUUGCAUUAUGAUUUUGUCUAGCUUUUAUGUAAGCUCAAUAGAUUAAAAAUUAGGUAUGUUUUGAACAAUGUUUGGCCUGUGAGGAAGUAGAUUUUUCUCAGUGGCUACAUUACAGUUCCUGUAUAAUAAUUACAUAUUGUCGACAGAUACAUGAAUACAUGUGUUAAUUAUGCCAUUCAUUACACAUUACAGAACUAUUGUUUUGUUUAGAGCUGACUUAAAAGUAUUACAUAAAACUUUGUUUUUCAUUGAUGAGCAUUUUAGACAUUUUUACACAAUGCAUAUAUUUAAGUACAUUUAUGUUAACAGUUCAAUGUUAAAAAAUUUGUAAUUUAACAACCAAGUGUAUCAAGUUUUUGAUGUUUAAAAGUUAAUGUAUACUUGAUUGAUAAUCCACUGUUUUUAAAGUAUUUGUUUUUGAUCAUCUUGAUUUAGCCAACUAUUCUUAUAAGAAAUUAUUUCUGCAUUUUAUACUUGUAUUAGUACUGAAAGAGCGGUUUCUACAAGUAGUCGUUGGUGUGAUUGUGCUGCUUUUUAAUGUAAGGUCUAAAGCUUGUGUUGAGUGUGGAAGCAAUGGUUGGCAUAAUGUUUUUUUUUUUUAAAUCUCAAUCUGCUUCUUGUUCUAUUUAAUUGUUUUUCCAUGAUUUUCCCGUGUACUUCAUCUCUAGAAAAAUAAAGUUGGAGUGAUCUCCCUUAAACGUU